UUAUUAAUUAUUUGAUCUCCAUUUAAUAUUGUUUUUUCUUUUAUGACAUUAAUAUCUUUUCACAUUUAUUAGAGUAAGGAAAAAAUGAAAAAGUAAUUAAAUUCUAUCUUAUUUUAAUAUAUAAGUAUUUUAAGUAUGUUGUUGUACAAUAAUUUCAUUUGCUCUCACUAAUGGGUUGAUAUGCAUAUGACAAUGAAUCCAUCAUUAUUGAUUCAAUGAGAUACUUUGGAAAUUACAUAAAUAUUGUUUGAUUUUUUUAAUAUGGGAUGCACUUUUUUUUUGACAUUGUUUGUUUUUUUAAUAUGGAAUUCACUUUUUUUUUUAAAUAUUGCUUGAUUUUGUUAAUAUGGAUCCACUUUUUUCCCGUGAGUUUGGAGAUGGUGGGUUCCACUUUUUUUUUUUUUUUUUUUUUUUAAUAUUGGUUGGUGUUUAAUAUGAGACUCACACUUUUUUUUAAUAUUGAUUGGUGUUUCAUAUGGGGCCCACACUUCUACAUUUUUUUUUUAAUGAAACGGAUGACGAAAAAGUUGAGCCAAUCGGCUCUUCUAUAUAGUUAAUAAAAAAAAAUGAAAAAUAGAAAGUAAAUGAGGAGAUUUUAGUCGAAUAAAUGUGAAAGGACGAAAAGGUUAAGAAAUAAAAGAGGCCCGGCCGGUUUCGAGCUUGGAGCAUAAAAUAAAAUAAUGACAUAAGACCAUAUAGACAUGUGCAUGCACAUACCCAAUUUUAACUUAUUUUCUUAAUCAGAUUAUUAUUUAAUGGGGUAAAAAAUACAUUUUAUAAAUAAAAUACACGAGAGUCCUACGAUCCCUGCAUAAUUCAGGUGUGGUAAUUUCACUACAGUUAAAGGCGUGUUUUUAUGCCUUAUACCUUUUGUAUAGUUACGAAAAUUGUCAAAUUUACUUCAAAGGAUUAAGGAACUGAUGUUGAGGAUAGAGUAAAAUUAAAUGCUUAAUAAUCUAUGAUUAAGACAGAGUACUUUAUAUACUCUGUAGCUGUUAUGACAAGAAGGUGGUUCUUGUAAUAUGGUUCCGCCAAAAUGAACAUGUUCAAGCUCCGGGGUCUCCAUUACAGGCACCUCUCUACUAUCACCUAUACUCGUCAUUCUCCUCCACACCUUUCUCUCCUAGCCGACCAAUGCACUUCAAUUCACCAACUCAAACAAAUCCAUGCCCAAAUGAUCACCACAGCCCGUAUCCACGACAAUUUUGCCGCCAGUCGCUUACUAUCCUUCUGUGCUCUCUCAAAAUCAGGCAGUCUUUCUUAUGCCUUAAGACUUUUCGACAGUAUCAAUGAACCCAAUUCAUUCAUGUGGAACACUCUCAUUAGAGCUCAAGCUGGUAACUCAAAUCCCCAACAAGCUUUGUUUCUUUAUGUAAAGAUGCGAAGGCUUUGUGUUACUCCUGGUAAACAUACAUUCCCUUUUGUACUUAAAGCUUGUUCGAAUGUAAUGUGUGUUUAUGUUAGUAGACAAGUGCAUUGUCAUGCUAUUAGAUUUGGGUUGGAUUCAGAUUUGCAUGUUGGUAAUGGUUUGAUCAGGGUGUAUACUGUUUGUCGUGUGUUAGAGGAUGCACGAAAGGUGUUUGAUGAAAUCCCUGAGAGAAAUUUGAGUAUUUGGACGACGAUGAUUUGUGGGUUUGCUCAGAAUGAUAGAUAUAGUGACGCUAUUUGGUUGUUUGAGCGUAUGGUUGGGGAUGGAAUGGCGCCCAAUGGAGCUACAUUGGCUUCGGUGUUGUCAGCUUGUGCCCAGUCGGGUAGUUUGCAGUUAGGAGAACAGAUUCGCGUAUAUAUGGAAGAAAACGGGAUAGAAUUAGGAGUGAUUCUUGGCACGGCGUUGGUGAACAUGUAUGCAAAGAACGGUGCUAUAGUCGAAGCAGAGAAGUGUUUUAGUGGUAUGAGAGAAAGGAACAUCGCGACUUGGAACGCGAUGAUUUGUGGGUUAGCUGCUCAUGGACAUGCAAAAGAAGCAAUUAACUUCUUUAAGAAGCUAGAACAAGAAAAAGUGAAGCCAAAUGACAUUACAUUGGUUGGGGUUCUAUCAGCAUGCUGCCAUGCUGGAUUGUUUGAUUAUGGGGAAGAAAUAUUUCACUCCAUGGAAGAGUUGUACGGUAUAGAGCCUAAGAUUGAGCAUUAUGGAUGCAUGGUUGACAUUCUUGGGCGUAAUGGGAAACUGAUAGAAGCUGAGGAGAUCAUAAGAGGAAUGAUUUGGAAGGCUGACGUGGUUAUCUGGGGAUCUUUAUUAAAUGCAUGUCAGAGCCAUGGAGACAUAGAUAUUGCAGAACGAGUUGUGAAAGAAAUUCUGCUUUUGAAUCCAAAUAGUCAUGGAGUUUAUGUUGUCUUAUCUAAUAUGUAUGCAGAGGCUGGAAGAUGGGAGGAUGUGGUAAAAUUAAGGAAGCAGAUGAAGCAAGGAAGCUUAAAGAAAACGCCUGGUUGGAGCCUUGUCAAUGCUACAUGACUUUGCUAUCAUUAUUUGUAAAAUCUUUGUCAUCAACGAUCACGAGGAAGAUUUUAAUUUCUUUUAACGAGAUCACACUUUCAAAUUUCAUGACAAUUGCAUUUCGAGACGUGAAUGCAAUCUCAUUUUUGAGAAAUAAAUCCAUCGGACUUGUUUCUUUAGGUGGACAAAAGUGAACAUCAAAGCAAGUCGCACCUGAAACAUGAACCUUCUUUCUUUUUUUCCCAAUCUUUGUUGAAUGGGCUUGCUGGAAGUACUAGAGGUGACAUGACAACACCAGCAGACUAUCUUUGACAGUCCUCAGGCAGUAUUACCUCUCCCAGGAAUACUUUUUAUGCUGCAAGAUUCUGUCUGAAAUCCUGGAGGAUGAUUGAUAUCAAUGAUGUUCAAGGUGGUGUCUUUUGAUCUUAAAUGGACCUCUUUUUUUCCUAUUUAUAUCUUUUUCCGAAAGUGCUUCUGGAAGGGUGAGGUAAUACUGCUAACAGCUAUUUGAGUACAAGGCAUUGACAAGCUAGUCUGAGAAAGAUGAGAUUUUUUGAAGAUCAAGGAACAGAGAGUGUCCACAACAGCUUAAAUUUCACUUGAUUGAAAAGAGAACCAUACCUGGGUCGGAAUUUCAAGGUGCACUCCAGCUUUCUGCUCCUGGAUACAAGCAUCAUUGCAGGGACAAACAAGCUAUGCCGCUGCGUCAAGGAACCAAGUGAAUUAAUGUUUAUUUUAAGUGGUGUGGCAACAUUAAUUUUACAUCAGUUCCCCAGCUCUUCAUAUUGUUGAGCUCUUUUUAAAGCUCCAGAUAGUGUUUAGUUCUCUUGAACAUAGGUAUGAUGAGAAUCUGGGAACUCUAGAAAGAUCCCAGUCAGAUCUGUGAUUAUAACUGAUGAACGUUUUUCCAAAGAUCUAUUAGUACCCAUUACUCUGAAAGUAAAAAUUGACAUAAUUAUUUUGGUAAA